CGCCGCGGGCGUUGGUGGCGCCGCCUCCGCCGCCGCGGACGCCGCUGCGGCGGCGGCCGCUGCUGGGCUCUGGGCGGCUACGGCCGCCUUCGCCCAGGCGCCGGCAGCUGCGGCCCGAGCAGUGGCCCGGUCGAGCGCGCCACCUGGCCUGGAGCGACAGGCUCGUGAGCAUCAAGAUGGAGUCGGGCAGGACGAACGUGAGCAGCACGAGAAAUUACACCAACAGGGUCUUCUGCAGCAUGACGGACCCCAACAGCGCCAUCGUGAGCAGCACGAUGGACUUCGGCAGCACGACCGCGAGAAGCGCGACGCACUUUUCGCCUCGAUUCGAGCCUUGGGGUCAGCCCAGGUCGAUCUGGCUCGGAAAAUGCCAUUGAAAGAUGAUGCCUGCCAGCAACACCACCCUGGCCAACGCGUGCGAGAAGGACUGGCAGGAGCAGUGGCAGCCGGCCCCUGCGCUGCUCCGAGACACGUUGGGAAUCAUGCCGGAGCCCACCAUCAGCUGCUCCAGCAAACCGACCAAUGUACCGACCAAUGCGCGCGAGAGGGACUGACAGGGCGGCGGCAGCCGGCUCUUGCGCUGCUCCGAGAUACAUCGGGAGCGACGCUGGAGCCCACCUUCGGCCGCGCCAGCGCCCCGACCGAUGCGCGAAAAGGAUUGGCAGGGGCGGUGGCAGCGGGCCCUGGCGCUGCUUAACGAGAUGGCGGGAGUGAAGUUGGAGCCCACCAUCAUCUGCUACAGCACCUCGAUAAGCGCGCGAGAAGGGGCCGUUGCAGCAGGCGUCGGCGACGACGAGGCGAAGGAGGUCGCGCAGGUGGACGUCGCCAGGGCCGAGGAGGAGGUGGAGGAGGCCAGGGAGUUGGAGACGGCGGUUUGGGACGAGGGCGACACGAAGGUGGACGCGGUGCAGGGAGGGGCGGGCGAGGACGCGGCGCAGGAGGGGGAGGGCGGGGACGCGGAGGUGGACGUCGGGAAUGCGGGGGCGGAGGUCGACGUGGAGGUGCGGGCCGCUGCUCGUCCUGGUGAGCCCUCGUCGCUACGGCCGAAUGUUCGGGGGGUCGGAGAAUUUUGAUGGGGGCGGAGGCAGGGGGGAUCCUGGCGGAAUGGCCACGAGCACUGGCGCCCUUAGCGAUGGAGGGCUGGUUCUGCCUCACUCUGCGCCAUCCCCACUCAGGGACGGCGCAGACGCUUUUGUCCCCCAAGUUCCUGCCACGGUUAGCGGCGUCCCCAGCGACGGAAGUUGCGCAAGCUAUGCGGCGCAGAUAGCGCGCGAGGCGCCCACGGGGUUGGGUCCAUCUUGUUCCGCGCCGUUCCCUCCCAGGGACGACACAAACACAUCCUCGCAUGGAGGUGCCACGAUUAGUGGCGCCCCCUGAGGUGGAGGGUCGGUCAUGCCUCGCUUGGCGCCAUCCCCACCCAGUGGCGGCGCAGACGCUUUGUCGCAAGUUCUUGUCACGAUUAGCGGCGCCCCCAUCCCACAGGCAGCCCCUG